GAAGUCCGGCGCGGGCGGCGGUGACACAAUGGCGGCGGCAGCGGUGUCCGAGGCCUGGCCCGAGCUCGAGCUGGCGGAGCGCGAGCGGCGGCGCGAGCUGCUGCUGACGGGUCCCAGACUGGAGGAGCGGGUGCGGGCGGCGGGCGGGCGCCUGCCGCCGCGGCUCUUCACGCUGCCGCUGCUGCACUACCUGGAGGUGAGCGGCUGCGGCAGCCUCCGCGCGCCGGGGCCCGGCUUGGCGCAGGGGCUGCCACAGCUGCAUAGCCUGGUACUGCGCGGCAACGCUCUGGGGCCCGGCCUGAGCCCCGAGCUGGGGCCGCUGCUGGCGCUGCGCGUGCUCGAUCUGUCCGGCAAUGAGCUGGAAGCGCUGCCCCCGGGCCAGGGCCUGGGCCCCGCCGAGCCGCCCGGCCUCCCGCAGCUGCAGAGCCUCAACCUCAGCGGCAACCGGCUGCGCGAGCUGCCCGCCGACCUGGCGCUCUGCGCCCCGCGCCUGCAAAGCCUGAACCUCACCGGCAACCUCCUGGACGCCUUCCCCGCAGAGCUCUUCCGCCCCGGCGCUCUUCCGCUGCUCAGUGAGCUGGCGGCCGCCGACAACCGCCUGCGGGAGCUCAGCCCCAACAUCGCUCACCUGGCCUCGCUCAAGACCCUGGACCUCUCCAACAACCAGCUGAGCGAGAUCCCAGCCGAGCUGGCGGACUGCCCCAAGCUCAAGGAGAUCAACUUCCGGGGCAACAAGCUGCGGGACAAGCGCCUGGAGAAGAUGGUCAGCGGCUGCCAGCCCCGGUCCAUCCUGGAGUACCUGCGCACCGGGGGCCGGGGCUCCCGGGGCCGGGCCCGGGCCGAUGGCCCGGAGAAGGAAGAUGCCCGGAAGAAGAGGAGGGAGCGGAAGCAGAGGCGGGAGAGCGGCGAGGCAGAGGACGACGUGGCGGAUGCAGCCAAGCUGCUGCUCAGGGUCUUGCACGUCUCUGACAACCCCGCGCCCCUGACGAUCAGAGUGAACCCCGAAGUCAGGGACGUGCGGCCGUACAUCGUGGGGGCCGUCGUGCGAGGCAUGGACCUGCAGCCGGGGAACACACUCAAGCGCUUCCUCGCCUCCCAGACCAAGCUCCAUGAUGAGCUCUGCGAGAAGAGGACGGCGGCCACCAUCGCCACUCACGACCUCCGCGCUGUGCGAGGGCCCCUGCUGUACACAGCCCGGCCACCCCAGGACCUCAAGAUUGUGCCCUUGGGGCGGAAGGAGGCCAAGGCCAAUGAGCUGGUGCGGCAGCUGCAGCUGGAAGCCGAGGAGCAGAGAAAGCAGAAGAAGAGGCAGAGCGUCUCUGGGCUGCACAGGUACCUGCACCUGCUGGACAGCAAGGAAAGUUACCCUUGUCUCGUGGACGCAGCCGGAGAUGUGAUUUCCUUCCCCCCAAUAACGAACAGUGAGAAGACAAAGAUUAAGAAAAGCACGUGUGAUUUGUUCUUGGAAGUUACCAGUGCCACAAGCCUGAAGAUCUGUAAAGACAUCAUGGACACCCUCCUCCUGAAAAUGGCAGAAAUGAACAAGCACACUCUAGAAAACAAAGAGGAAGGGUCACUCUCCUACACAGAGGCUGACGCUGUUUCCGCACAACUUCCCGACUCCCUCAGGAUCCCAAGUGCUGGGAAGGGUGUACAGUGCCCCCUGGUGGUGGAGCAGGUCCGCGUGGUGGACGCGGAGGGCGGCCUGAGGGUCGUGUACCCCUCCAAGGCCGACCUAGCCGCUGUCCCCCCACAUGUGACCGUGGUUCGCUGAUGGCUCCAACCCCGGCAUCCGGCUGGCUGUAAGCCGUCGAUGCCCUGCAGAGCUCUGUGUGGUGACUGUGGGUUGCUCCUGGGGUCUGUGAGGUGCACGUGUUCUUUGUUCCGUUUCCUGGGUGAUCCUGUCAUAAAUGAUGCCAUGUCAGCGUUACAACACUUAAGUUGAUUCUCCUCUUCCCAGACUGAUCCAAAUACCAGAAAAAGCGUUGCGAUGUCCUGAAUCGCAUGGGCACACGGCAGGCAGCUGUGUCCAGAAGGGCAAGGCGCCCCCUCACUCUGAGCAAGCGCAGGCAGAAGCCAGGACUCUGACACACACUGGCUGAACUGCGGCUCUUGUUGUGACGUGGCAUCUUUUUAAUGUCGUCUCGUGGCAACACUGGAGAACAUCAUGUUUUCCAGCCUGCAGUGAUCUUCAUCUUUUUAUUUAAAAAAAAAAAAAGCUUUUAAAAACGA